AGUGGAUGCAGUCCUGGAAGAGCUGGGAGAGAAAUGGCCGGGGAGAUGGGUAAGUACAUUUACAUGGUCUACAGGACAUUGAGCUAUGGCCUCUCUCCUUUACUCUAUCUUCACGUCCAGUGCCGAAGACUCCAAGGACUCGAGCACCCUCUACGUUGGCGGGAACGCUUCGGCCGUCCUUCGCUUCCCCGCCCUUCUGGACCUCUUGUCUGGUUUCACGCCGUGUCAUUAGGUGAAGGAAUGGCUGCAAUCCCAAUAAUCAAACACUGUAUUCAGCAACGCCCUGAUCUUACCAUUUUGAUGACGACGACCACGAACUCCGCAUUCAAUGUUAUAAAGGACCGGCUUCCACUUGGUGUCAUAUAUCAGUUUGCGCCUCUUGAUACUCCUGCUGCUAUGGAUGCUUUCCUUGGCUAUUGGGAUCCGAGUGCUAUUUUUCUAAUUGAAAGUGAACUUUGGCCUAAUCUUGUACUGGGAGCUUCUAAGAAAGGAAUUGUGGUGGCAUUGCUGAAUGCACGGAUGUCUUCUAAAUCCUUCAAACUUUGGUCAGCACCAAUAGCACUCCCCUUGAUUUCAUUGAUGCUGUCAAGAUUUUCAUUGAUUGCCCCAAUAAGCACAAUAGAGGCAAUCCAGUUUCAGCUGCUGCAAGCCCGACCUUUCACCAUCAACUUUGCUGGUGACUUGAAAUAUGCUGUAGGACAUGCUGAAGCUUCUGAACAAGAAAGUGCUAUUAUGGAAGAUCUGCAGCUACAACUUGCCAAUAGGCCUGUUUGGAUGGCUGCUUCUAUACACAAGGGUGAAGAAGAAGUCAUGCUUGGAGUUCAUAAAGUACUCGUGAAGAUAUAUUCUAACAUGUUGACUAUUAUUGUGCCUCGUCAUCCAGAGGAAGGCCGUCAGAUUGCCAUAGAAGUGCGGAAAGAAGGUUUAAAUGUUGUUUUGCGAUCUAGCGGUGAAAAGAUUUUGCCAAGCACAAAUGUCUAUGUGGUGGAUACACUAGGUGAACUAAGCUUCUUGUAUAGGUUAGCUCCAAUUGCUGUGAUUGGAGGUUCUUUCCUGCCUGGUUUAGCUGGCCAUAACAUUUCAGAGGCUGCUGCAGCUGGUUGUGCUGUUUUGACUGGUCAUCAUGUUGGACACUUCUCUCACAUGGUGCUUGAAAUGCAACGAUCAAAUCCUUUGUCAGUUAUGAAGGUUUCUGGUAAAUUAGAGUUAGUGGAAGCCUUGAAAGAACUCUUUAGCAAUGCCGAAGUUCUGGAAGCACGUCGUAUGGCUGCAAAGCAAGCCUUUUUUGCUCUAUCAAGUGGGAUCAUCACAAAUUUUUGGAAUCUGAUAGAUCUCCAUGUUUUCAGAAAGGCAUUUUAGAUGUUUUGACUUAAAAUAAAUGAGAAUGUCAAGUUGGAUGUGCA